GGUAAACUUGACGUUUCAAACAAAAUUCUUACUAGAAAUCCCCGCUGUCUUUUCAUUUUAUAACUUUAAAUUUUUUAUUACUCGGUGUAAACGUAAAAAUGGCGCUAAAUAAGCUUAGUAUUGAUGCUCUAAAUUUAUCUGGAAAGCGAGUACUAAUGAGAGUUGAUUUCAAUGUACCGCUGAAAGAGGGUGUUAUCACAAACAAUCAGCGUAUCGUAGCGGCUUUAGAUUCUGUCAAAUAUGCCCUGGACAAGGGUGCAAAGUCAGUGGUACUCAUGUCACAUUUGGGCAGACCUGACGGCCAAGCCAACCUGAAAUACACCUUAAAACCAGUUGCAGAGGAACUUAAAAAGCUUUUGAACAGGGAUGUCACCUUUUUACCUGACUGUGUUGGAUCAGAAGUUGAGGCUGCUUGUGCUGACCCACCUGUUGGCUCUCUAAUUUUGCUCGAGAACCUGAGAUUCCAUGUUGAAGAGGAAGGCAAAGGUCUUGAUGCCAGUGGAGCCAAAGUCAAAGCUGAUCCCGAAAAAGUCAAAGCUUUCAGAGCUAGCCUGAGGAAGCUGGGAGAUCUGUACAUCAAUGAUGCUUUUGGCACAGCACACAGAGCUCACAGCUCCAUGUUGGGAGAAGGGUUCGAACAGAGGGCUAGUGGUUUCUUGUUGAAGAAAGAAUUACAGUAUUUUGCCAAGGCCCUUCAUGAGCCAGAGAGGCCAUUCCUUGCCAUUCUUGGUGGCGCUAAAGUGGCCGACAAGAUAUUGCUGAUUGAAAAUUUACUGGACAAAGUUAAUGAAAUGAUCAUUGGUGGUGGUAUGGCAUACACAUUCCUUAAGGAGACCAAGGGCAUGGCUAUUGGCAACUCUUUAUAUGACGCCGACGGAGCUAAAAUUGUGACCAAGCUGCUGGAGAAAGCUGUCAAGAACAAUGUGAAAGUUCACCUGCCUGUUGACUUUGUGACUGCUGAUAAGUUUGAUGAGAAUGCACAGGUGGGUGAGGCUACUGUGGAAUCAGGUAUUCCUGAAGGCUGGAUGGGUUUGGAUGUUGGACCCAAGUCCAGGGAGCUCUUUGCUGAGCCUAUUGCCAGGGCUAAAGUUAUUGUGUGGAAUGGACCCGCGGGAGUGUUUGAGUUCGAGAAGUUCGCUGGCGGCACCCGCGCGCUCAUGGAUGGCGUCGUGAAGGCCACUGCCAACGGAACUGUCACUAUUAUUGGUGGCGGAGACACGGCCACUUGCUGCGCUAAAUGGGGCACCGAAGACAAAGUGUCUCACGUCUCCACCGGCGGCGGCGCUUCCUUGGAGUUGCUCGAAGGUAAAGUGCUACCCGGCGUUGCCGCUCUUUCGGACGCAUAAAUUAGCUAAGCCAUAACACAAGUUAUAUAACAAGUUAAUGUUAAGUGAUAGUGCAAUGUUGAAUAAAUUAAGCAUAAUGUCAAACAUGUCGGCGACGCAUGACUCGUUUUAAGGAUAAUGUGAAAUUAUAAUAAUCAUGAAAGUGUGUGUAUAGCUGCACCUAUGUGCUUAUAGGUCGGUCAGCUCGUAGACGUCUCGUGUUUAUUAAUAUUAUAUUGAAUUUUAAUAAAUGUUAAUUGAUAUAAA